AUGUUAGAGGCGCUCAGAAUAGCACCAGCUCCAAAACAGGUGCGGGAAAGUAGACUGAGAUGGUAUGGACAUAUAAAGAGACGAGAGGAAGACCACCCAAUAAGGAAGAUGUUGGAAAUGGGACUACCAGGUGGGAGAAGCGUAUGCAAGCAUACUUACCCCUUCUCCGGGUCCUCUCUAAACGAAUUUGGGCAACAGCUUCCGGGCAACAAUGGCUCUUUCACGGGGCAACGAGAUGAAAACUCCCCUAGACAACUGAAAGGAGGCCUGCAGACUCCAGAAACUGCGACCCGGUGCAGUCAUACUCCAGUGAAAAUGCACAUGCUAGUAGAGGAGCCCAAGCACUUUUCUGGUAAUAGAUUAGACCUCAUAUUCACAGAUGUUCCAGCUAUUGAGAAAUCCAAGAGAUCUUUCACAUUCACUAUUGAUCUCUGGUCCCCUUCAUCUGCCGAGAGCAACCAUAUUCGCUGUACGGCAGCGCCAUUGUUGCAAAUGUGCUUCCCUGGCGAACUCCUCAGUUCCAGAGGUUCUUUAUCCCUCACACCGUCGGACUCAUCUGAAGAAUUUGUCACCAGAAGUUUGGUCAGGCAUAAGCUCUUCAGGACUCUGCUUGAAGCUUUGCAUAGUCUUCAUUUCGCUGUUCAAGAAGAAAGAACAAUGAUUAGGAUCAGUAGGACCCUACUGUUGCUGUUCCUUACCCGGGUAAUGGAUCUUCAGAUGAACAGUGUCACCGCGCAGGAGUUUGACUGCAACGGUUCGAUUUCUGGCGUGUGCGAGUCUCCUUCCACGUGCAGCCAAGAGUUUUCUGCUCUGUGCCCAGAGGACGGUACUUGCUGCCCUGAGGUUAUCAGUUCCGUCAGAGCAGAACCAGUAUCAGGAUGUAAAAACCGAAAAUGCUUGCUAACCUAUCAUGGUUGGUGGUCGGCAUCCUGCGAAAGUCCAUCGCGCACGAUGUUCUUCUGCGCUGCCGGGAAUGUCUCUUGCUGCACUUCAGCGUGUCGGAUCCUACAAAAGUGCUCGGCUUUGGGUGGCAGGUGCAUCAGCAACAAAAACAAGUGUGACGGCAGUGUGUUCGGGAGUCUUUGCAGCGGGUACAGUUGUUUCUGCUGCGUCCCAGCUGAAAUGAAUACGACAUCUACUACAUCUACAUCUACAUCUACAUCUACAUCUACAUCCACAUCAUCUUCCGUGAAAACUACUACCACAACGAGUAAAGUCAGUUCUACGACAUCAACCUUGCGGUCGACCAGUGUCUCCACAAGUGUCUCCACAACAACUGCGGCUCCUUGCAUUGGAGCUUCAAGCACGAAUUUAUCCGUGUGCCCUGCAAACGGCAAAGCUGGAGUUGCAUGUACUUGCCCACGUGAUUGUUCUGGGUACGGGGCAAACUUCACGGGAAUUGAGCUGAUCUGCCCAAUCAGUAACUGUCCGCCUGUCAAGGUGAAAUGUAUGGCCGGGUGGACUCUCUUCAUCUACCGAAAUAAACUUUUGAGUCCUCCCUGCAAUUUCUCAAAAACAUGGGAAGAGUACAAAGCAGGAUUCUGUGAAGCUCCUGCAGAGUAUUGGCUAGGUCUAGAGUAUAUCCACGCUGUGACGAUGAACGCUUCCUAUUCCAUGUCGAUGCAUGGACUACAUCCCAACGGAACGAGCAGGGAUCUCCUCUACGGGCAAUUUGCAGUCGGGGACGAAAAUUCGAAAUACCGGUUAAUGGUGGGGGGCUUCAACUCCUCCUCGAGUACUGGAGUGGAUCUGUUCGUCAAUCCUCCAACGACGAAUGUAGUCCUCAACAACGCAUCUUUCUCCACCUUUGACAGAGAUAACGAUAACUUAGCUAAUGAUAGUUGCUCCAUCAAACAAAAUGGCGGCGGUUGGUGGUACAACGACUGUACCGCCAUUAAAGCAACUCAGACAAAUAUCGACUGGUACUUCUGGAACCACCCAGUGUAUGAGCAAGGGCGUCUGCAAGAAUUCUACAUCAAGAUUAAACGUAACCCAUGAAGCCUUUAUUCUGUGACAAAGGAUGUGAUUUGACCUUUCGGGUAAUGACCUUAGACGACCUUUCUUAAUUAUCGCAAAACCUACUUAUUUCUUUUCCUCUUCUUAGGGAAUUGCACAUUUCUAUGUUUGCACUUGAUCCCCCACACAGCUGUUAGGAGCCGAUGGAUUCUGAUUUCGCCGCUUGCGUUGAUGGGUUGACGUCCACAGUAGUUACGAAGCCAUUUCAGAUAAGUGACAUCCUUACAGAUCAUAAAAUGUCUCACAUGAUUGAAUAUAUUGAUAGAUAAAGCAUUACAAGUUCAGUAGUACAUUCAAAGGACGAGUGAGAAUACAAAUGUUGAG